UAUAUUUACGUUUUGAAUUUGUUGCUCUUCAACUAUUAUAAAUAGCCCAUCAAACCCCUAGAAAGGAUUAGGGCUAUAACAUUUCACCAAACUCAAAAGAUACAAGUUUAAGACCAUGAAGAAGCUAAUUUCUCUCUUCCCUCUCCUCUUUCUCGUUCCCCUCUUAGCCUCAUGUGCUGAAGAAAAACAGGUGUAUAUUGUCUAUUUUGGAGAACAUAAAGGUGAUAAAGCCUUACAUGAAAUAGAAGAACAUCAUCAUUCUUAUCUUCAAUCGGUUAAAGAAUCCGAAGAAGACGCUAGAGCAUCGCUAUUGUAUAGCUACAAACAUAGCAUCAAUGGCUUUGCGGCUGAGUUAACACCCGACCAAGCCUCUAAACUAGAAAAAUUGGCAGAGGUUGUUUCGAUAUUCAAGAGCCAUCCAAGAAAAUAUGAAGCGCAUACAACACGGUCAUGGGAAUUUGUAGGAUUGGAGGAGGAAGAAACCGACAGUGAUGUUCCACGUCGAAAAAAUGAUGCGGAUGAUCGGUUUCGUGUGGGAAGAAAUUUUUUGAAGAAGGCAAAGCAUGGUGAUGGAAUCAUCGUCGGUGUUCUUGACAGUGGUGUGUGGCCAGAAUCAAAGAGUUUCAAUGACAAAGGAAUGGGACCAGUUCCAAAAUCAUGGAAAGGAAUCUGCCAAACCGGAGUUGCCUUCAACUCUUCUCACUGUAACCGGAAAAUUAUUGGAGCGAGGUAUUACGUGAAAGGAUACGAAAGAUAUUUCGGAGCGUUCAACGUUACAGAAACCAAAGACUUCUUGUCUCCACGAGAUCCCGACGGACAUGGGUCCCACACAGCCUCCACUGCUGUUGGCCGUCGAGUCUACGGUGCAUCCGCACUUGGCGGUUUCGCCAUGGGCUCAGCCUCUGGCGGUGCACCGUUAGCUCGUCUAGCUAUAUACAAAGCUUGUUGGGCCAAGCCCAAUGUGGAAAAAAUUGAAGGAAAUACCUGUCUAGAAGAGGACAUGCUUGCCGCGAUCGAUGACGCGAUCGCUGAUGGCGUUCACGUCAUCAGCAUUUCUAUCGGAACGUCCGAGCCUUAUCCAUUUUUACAAGACGGAAUCGCGAUGGGGGCGUUGCAUGCGGUUAAGAGGAAUAUUGUGGUAGCUGCUAGCGCUGGGAAUUCAGGGCCAAAGCCGGGAACUUUGUCGAAUAUGGCACCGUGGAUUAUAACCGUCGGAGCUAGUACUCUUGAUCGGGUUUUCAUCGGCGGUCUUGUUCUUGGCAAUGGCUAUACAAUCAAGACGAAUUCUAUAACGGCAUUUAAAAUGGACAAAUUUGCACCUCUUGUUUACGCUGCUAACGUGGUUGUUCCCGGCAUUGCAUUAAACGAUUCAUCGCAAUGUUUACCAAAUUCACUAAAACCGGAGCUUGUGACUGGUAAAGUGGUCUUGUGUUUAAGAGGAGCCGGUACAAGAAUCGGUAAAGGUAUAGAGGUAAAACGAGCUGGAGGAGCUGGUAUGAUUCUCGGAAAUGUCGCGGCUAACGGCAAUGAAAUUCCGACGGACUCUCACUUUGUUCCGACUGCCGGGGUUACACCAACAGUGGUCGAUAAAAUUCUAGAGUACAUUAAAACCGAUAAAAAUCCGAUGGCAUUUAUCAAACCAGGGAAAACGGUUUACAAAUACCAAGCAGCUCCUUCCAUGACCGGGUUUUCUAGCCGCGGACCAAACGUUUUAGAUCCCAACAUUCUAAAGCCGGACAUUACCGCACCCGGACUGAACAUACUGGCUGCAUGGAGCGGCGCAGAUUCACCGAGCAAAAUGUCAGUAGAUCAAAGAGUUGCAGAUUAUAACAUCUACUCAGGAACUUCAAUGUCUUGUCCUCAUGUCGCCGGUGCAAUUGCUCUUCUCAAAGCCAUUCAUCCCAAAUGGAGUAGUGCUGCUAUAAGAUCUGCUCUUAUGACCUCUGCUUGGAUGACUAACGACAAGAAGAAACCGAUCCAAGACACUACUGGUUUACCCGCAAACCCAUUUGCACUUGGGUCAGGACAUUUCAGACCAACUAAAGCUGCAGAUCCCGGUUUAGUCUACGAUGCAUCAUACCGAGCUUACCUUCUCUAUGGCUGCUCGGUUAAUAUCACCAAUAUUGACCCGACAUUCAAAUGUCCUAGUAAAAUCCCUCCCGGUUAUAAUCACAACUACCCGUCAAUCGCAGUCCCGAAUCUCAACAAGACGGUGACCGUUAAAAGAACAGUUACAAAUGUUGGAAAUGGUAACUCAACAAGUACAUACUUAUUCAGCGCUAAACCGCCAUCGGGUGUUUCGGUUAAGGCUAUACCGAAUGUAUUGUUCUUUAACCGGAUUGGUCAGAAGCAGCGGUUUAAAAUCGUUAUUAAACCACUAAAGAACCAGGUGAUGAAUGCGACAGAAAAGGGUCAAUACCAAUUUGGAUGGUUUAGUUGGACAGAUAAAGUCCAUGUUGUGAGGAGUCCUAUUGCUGUUUCCUUAGCUUGAUUGUUGUUUGCUUUUGGGAUGGUUUUAUUAGUCGGUUUGGAUGUUAUAGAGGUCAAAGUGAAAGAAAUAGAAAAUCUUUUUCUGAUCA